GGCGCAGCCAGCUGCAGCCGCAGCCGAGCAGCUUCUCCGCCCGGAGCCCGCGCCGUUCGGACCCCGGCGGGUCUGCUGAGAGCUAAUUUCUGCCUCCCAAGAUGGAAGAAGAUGCCAGCCUGUUCCCUAAGAAGCUUUUGGACGACGCCCCCAUUGUGGAGGAUGAAACAGAUGAACUGGAGGAUCCGGAGUUUGUGCUGGGCUCUGUCCCUGGGGAGGCUGAGAACAAGGCGGACCCGGGAAGCUCCUGUCCAGGGAAAGAGCAGAACGCAGACAAGAGGAAGCAGAGACCAGCCGUCCAGGACAGAAUGCAGGCCUCACUCCUGCGGAGGGACUUGAGCCACCUGGACCAGCUGCAUGAAGAGAAAGACCUUUUCAUUCAGAAAACGAGGGCGGAGCUGCGUGCUUGCCGCCGGAGGAUGGGGCUCCUCGCCAAGCAGCAGGAGAGCGUGGCGGCCGACCUGGCCGCGGAGAGAGCCGCCGGCAACACGGCAGCCGUGGGUCGCCUCGAGGCAGCGUCCCAGCGCCUGUGCUCAGAGCUGGGGAACGAGAGGGACCUGCAGGCGAAGAUGACGGCCGUGCUGCAGGAGAGCGUGAGCGCCAUGUGGCACAUCGAGAUCCAGGAGAGGCAGCUGGAGGACGCCCGCAAGUCGGCCCGAGCGGAGGCCCCGGCUGCCAGGAGGUGCCUCCCGGAGAGGGGGGCGUCGGGGAAGGCAGAGCGGAACCGGCUGCUGCGGGUGCGGCCCACGCCUGAGCCCCCCCACGCCUGCGACACCCCCCGGCCCACGCCUGCGACCACCCCCAGGCCCAUGCCUGCGACACCCCCCCCCCGGCCCACGCCUGCCGCCCCCCUGCCCAUGCCUGCGCCCCUGCCCACCCAGCCCCAGCCUGGGCAGAGCCCCGACACCGCCCGUUCACCGCGGGCAGCUGCUUCUGAGGGCGGGGCAGGUGGACCAGGUGUGCUGCAGGCCUCCCCCACCAGGGGCCCUCCCGCCCUCGCCCCCCGCACGGGGUCCUCACAGGCCCUCCUGCUCCCACUCCCCGCCUCGUCCAGCGCGUUGCCAGAUCUUCCUGCUGCUUCCGUGGGAUCCGAGCCUGCGGACACGCACAGGGUCCCCACGGCCCCGCCCCCUACCAGGCACAGCGCAGGGCCCUCCCUCCUCAUGCACUUGGCCCUGGUCCCGGGCCCUCUGUGGCCGAGCCUGCACAGGACGUGUCCCUGCAGGAGACCCGUGUGCCUGCAGAAGGAGCGCGGGCUCAGGCACCAGAAGCUGGUGGAAGCCGCCCAGAAGAACCAUCGGAAGGCCGUGCAGUUCCUGAAGGCCUCCCUGGGGAGGGUCCGCCAGCAGCAGCGGGAAGAGGCGCGGGAGGCCCGCGAGCGCAUGCGCAGGCGCAGGGACGCCGUGCUGGCCCUGAAGAACAGCAUCUCCGCCAGCCGGGAGACACUCCGGAAAUUUCAAGCAUGGGGCCAGGCCAAGGCAGAGGUGGUGGAACAGAAGGCCCAGGCCGAGAAGGAGGUGAUUCUGGCCCAAGGUGGGGACGCUUUCAAGCACUUUUGCCAUCAACGCCGGCGCCAGGAGCUGGAGGCCCAGAACCGCGCCUUCGCGGAGGAGCAGAAGCUCAGGAAGCACGAGAUUGUGCGUCGGAUCUUGAAGGAGGAGGCGGAGGAGGGCAGGAGGAAGCAGCGGCCCUCGCCCCCCAGACCCGCGGGCCGGCCGAUCCUGAGGGCCCGGACCUGGAGCUACGUGGCCGCCUUCCAUGCCGGGAAGAGCACGGCGGGCCCGCCCUGCUGCCCCCCGGAGGGCAGGUCUGCGUUACCCCAAGCCUCUCUGCUGGUGAAGGCCGUGUCCAGUGAGUCCGUCCAGGCGGACAGGGGGAGCCUUGGCCGGGCAGAGGAGACACUAACUCAGCCGGAGAUCCCCGGGCUCUGGAAGGAGGACUACAAGCCGUACCAGGUGCCCAAGGAGGACAUGGACCAGACGCCCGCGGGCGGAACGAGGAUGGACAAGGACGUCCUGGCGCGCACCGUGCAGCGGCUGCGCAGCGGGGUGAUCCACAAGCAGGUGGCGUCCAGGCGCGAGUUCAGAGGGUGUCCCUUCAACAGCAAGCCCGAGCUCAUCCACUUCAAGGACUUUGAUAUCGGGAAAGUGUACAAGAAAAAGAUCACGCUGAUUAACGCCACCUACAUGAUUAACUACUGCAAGCUGGUGGGCGUGGAGGAGAGCCUCCGGGACUUCAUCCACAUCGACUUUGACCCCCCUGGUCCCAUGUCAGCCGGCAUGUCCUGUCAAGUGCUUGUCACCUUCAAGCCCAUGGUAAACAAAGAUCUAGAAGGAAAUGUCUCGUUUCUGGCUCAGACGGGCAGGUUUUCUGUUCCACUGAAAUGUUCAGCGAAGAAAUGCUCCCUGUCCCUCGACAAGGAGCUCAUUGACUUCGGCAGCUACGUGGUGGGUGAGACUGCAUCCCGGACCGUCACGCUGACCAACCUCGGGGGCUUGGGCACCAGGUUCAGGUUUCUCCUGGCAUCAGAGUGCUGUGAGACGGACACGUCCCCGUCAGCCCUCAACACAAGCAGUAGCUUUACAUAUGAAGACAAAGGUUUUUACGAUAAAAUCGCCACCGGUUUUUCUGAGCAGCUGAUGGAGGGCAAUGAGUCCUCGCCCACAGACGUGCCGAGCCAGAAGGAGUCCGGAAAGCUGGACGUGAAGGAACAGGAGGAGGGGCGCCCCGUAGAAUCAGAGGGAGUGGCCUUGACCACCAUCGUGACUGUACCUCCCAACGAGGGACAGACGGAGUUCUCACUGGGAGAGAUAACAGAGGGGGAGAUUGGCCCCUUCAGCUCCAUCAAAGUGCCCGUCAUCUUCACCCCGAUCGUCCCGGGAGCGGUCUCCACCAGGUUCAAGGUCGUGUUUAAGAAUCAGCAGUGCCCGACCUUACAUUUCAAAGUCGUCGGCGUUGCUAUCGACGUGCCAGUCUGGGUGCCAAAGCCCAACGUAGACCUGAAGAUCUGCAUGUACGACCGGCUGUAUCAGGACUCCAUCCUCGUCCACACACGGUCGAAGGCCGCUCUGCGCCUGAACUUCGAGGUGUGCAAGGAGCUGCAGGGCCACCUAGAGCUCCUGCCCAAGACCGGCUACAUCCAGGCCCUGUCGUCCUACUCGGUGCAGCUCAAGUUCCUGCCCAGACGCUCCCUCCCGGAAGAUGCCGGGAAGUAUUUUGACAAGGAAAGCAGAGUCCUGGAGGCCCCGAUGACUAUCCGGGUGGCUGACCAGAUCAAACCCGUGGGGUUUACUGUCCACGCCAUAGUCACCACCUCGGACCUGGAGCUCAGCCCCUCGGGGGUGGACUUCGGCUACUGCACCAUCUACGAGGCCAUCAGGACCCAAGUCAGCCUCUGCAACCAUUCCCUCCUGCCCCAGGAGUUUGGGUUCGUCGGGCUCCCCAAGUUUGUGGACAUCCAGCCCAAUGACGGGUUCGGAACGAUCCUGCCGCUGGAAACUCUGCAACUCGAUGUAAUCUUUCAGCCCACCAAGGCCAAGGAGUACAACUUCGAGCUCGUCUGCAAGUCAGAGAUUAACCGGUGCUUCAAGCUGACGUGCCGGGCCGUGGGUGUCCACCCGCCCCUGGAGCUGUCCCACUACCAGGUCAAGUUUGCGGCCACCUCCUUGUAUGACACGUCGGUGGCCACCCUGUACGUCAUCAACUCCCGCCUGAGCAAGAACUCACCGACGCCCUCGGUGCCCCGCAUCGGCUUGGAGGACGCGUCCCAGGGGCCCACGUCUUUCGAGUUCCUGCUGCCCCCAGACUCCCCCAUCACCAUCUCACCCUCGGUGGGCACCGUGUGGCCAGGAAAGAGGUGCCUGGUCCGGGUGGCCUUCCGGCCCGUGCUGCCCAGCGAGCUGAUCCACCAGGAAGCCUUACAGGCCCUGACCAAAGAAGCUGAGGCCAAAUCGUCCCAACAGGACAUGGCCACCCAGAGGAAGGACCAGCGGAGACAGUCCUUCUCCACACUGCGGCUGCAGAACCGAGACCGGCUGUUCCAGGCCUCUGCCUCCCAGCCCCUGGAGCUGCAGAAAGAGGACCUCACGUCCAGCUCCCAGGAGUACCAGGCUGCGCAGGCCACGCUGACCAGAUCUUUCCAGGGGAAGUUUGACAAGUUUGUGGUCCCCUGUGUUGUUGCCAGUGGUGACACCAAAGGAAGGAAGGGGACGGAACCCCUGAGCUUCAGUCCCCACAACACCGUGUACCUGGAGCUGUGGUGUCCAGCGGUAGCACCAUCCAUUGUGGUGACGUCCGACAAAGGCAAGACCAUCGCUGACUUCGGCGACAUCGCUGUAGGACACCACGGCAUAAAGAAGGUCUCCAUCCAGAACAUCUCCCCCGAGGGUCUCGACCUGGAGUACUCCGUGCUGAACCCCAACGGCCCCUUUGUCCUGCUGAACCCCAUCAGCAAGCUGGCGUCUGGAGAGACCCGGAUCCUGAAGCUGUCCUUCUCCCCCCGUGAGAGCGUCCUGGCCCAGGAAAUGCUGGAUGUCAUCACCAAGAGAGGCACGCUCUCCCUGGCCCUCGUGGGCACAGGCGUGGCAUCCGUGACCACGUGCUCCAUUGAAGGAGGCGUCCUCAACAUGGGCUACGCGAUCGCCGGAGAAUCCACCUCCGCGGGCUUCAAGCUGCAAAACAAUUCCCCGCUGCCCAUCAAGUUCUCCGUGCAGUUGGACAGCCUCUCCACCAGGAGCGGAGACCAGCACCGGCUGCCGCAGUUCCUGGCCUCCCCGGCCCAGAGGACGGAAGUCGUGGGCACGCAGAACUACAGCGGCCAGAGCGUGUUCAGCGUGGUCCCGGUGGAGGGCGUCAUGGAGCCGGGCAGGGCGCAGGACUUCACCGUGACCUUCAGCCCGGACCACGAGAGCCUGUACUUCUCUGACCGGCUUCAGGUCAUGCUCUUCGAAAAGAAAAUCUCCCACCAGAUCCUCCUGAAGGGCGCGGCCCGCAAGCACACGAUGUUUGUGGAGGGCGGAGACCCCCUGGAUGUGCCUGUGGAGUCCCUGACCGUGAUGCCUGCCUUCGACCCCCAUCGCGGAGAGGAAGCUGAGGAGCUGAAGCCCAUCCUGGUAACCCUGGACUACGUCCAGCUGGGCACGGACACGCCGGCCCCGCCUGCCACCCGAGAACUGCAGGUGGGCUGCAUCCGGACCACCCGGCUGUCCCCAAAGAAGACUGUCGAGUUCAGCCUGGACGGCAUCGCGUCCCUGCAGCACAAGGGCUUCACCAUCGAGCCCUCCAAGGGCUUUGUGGAGCGCGGCCAGACCAAGACCAUCAGUAUCUCCUGGAUGCCACCCAUCGACUUUGAUCCGGACUACCCACUCAUGGUGUCAGCCCUGCUGCAGCUCAGGGGGGACGUGAAGGAGACCUACAAAGUCCUCUUUGUAGCGCAGGUGGUGACCGGCCCCUGAGGCCACAGGAGUCUCUCCACGGAGCCCCCUUGGAUCUUCCUGCCACAUUCAAAGCCCUCCCCCGGUCUGUGGACCCAGCAGAGCCACCCAGGGGCCUGGGACCUGGACAUCCCCUGCUGGGCAGCUUCAAAAGGGUGGCCCCCCGCAUGGCCCCAUGGCCGGGGCACCCCAGCUCCACAGGCACGGCCGCCUCCUGCUGCCCUGUGUCCAGUGAGUCCGGGGCCAAGGGCUCCUGUCCCAGCCCCACACUCAGAACCGGCAAUGAGGCCAGUCCUGACCACAACCUGCUCCCAGCCUGAGCCCCUCGGAGCCCGCAGCCCCACCAGCACCCGCCCAGCCUUUCAAGGUCCUGGUGGGGGGAAGAGCUGCGCCCGCUGACCUGUCAAUAAACCCUGUGUGAACCUGUGCA